ACUACCGAUUUUCUUUUGAUCGCUGUUUUGGUUUUAUUCGUUUUAUUCGGUUAUUCAUUGUAAUUGUAAUUGUUGAUUUAUUUACAGUAUAUUGCCACUGGAUCAAUAUGGCAAAUAAUCAGACUAUGCGGAGCUGUGCCGUGUGUUUGCAAUCAUUUUCGCCGGAAUAUAAAAGGCCCGAAAAAGGACAUGGCGUCACAAUUCAGCAGAUGUGGAAUAUUUUCAAACUUCCCGAGGAUUGCACAUUCACAGAAAGCUUAUGUGUAACGUGCCUUCGACAUCUGGAAAAUGCUUUCCAUUUUUACCUACGUGUAGUUGAAACACUGCAAUCAUUAAAAUAUAGAGAUCAACAACAUAUAACCAUAGGGUUACACAAGAAAAGAGCAGGGGAAUUCUUAGCCCCGAACAAUGUCGAUUCAUUGACACAUGUCAGUUUUCAACACCUAGAUCAUACCUACGAAAAACGACAGCAACCCCGUUGUGCGGAAUGCUUCAAGUAUUUCAAAACUCUCAGAGGGCUACAUCAACAUAUGACUUACCGCCACUCUUGGGAAGAAUCUAACCAUGUUACAUGUAAACUAUGUCAACAAACAUUCCAGACCGAAGCUCAUUUGAAGAACCACCAGAAAUAUCAUCUGGAUUUUCUGUGCCAAUUCUGUGAUAGAGGUUGGAUCAACGAACAGAAACUUAUUGAACACGUCAGAAGCGAACAUUCCGAUCGAUUAUUUCGUUGUAAUCACUGUUCAAGAAAAGAACGUUUAAGAAAACUGCUAAACAGACAUUUAAAAACUGCGCACAAUGUUGCUGGUUUGGAGCUAUAUUGUGGCCAUUGCAGUUGCGAGACUUCGUUUGUUGAUCUUAUAGAUCUUAACGAACACAUAAUGCAACAUCAUAAGGACUGUGAAGCAACUGAUAACCCUUACGAAGAAUUGUUGAACGAUUCAUUUUUGAUAAAAGACAUUGGGCUUCCUUUGGAGGUCGAUCAUGACAAGUUGAAGCAUGACGAAAAGCAAGAAGAUUUUUUGAAACAUUUUAGCUUGAGGAGAAUUCAGCUGACAGAAAGUAUCUACAAGGGAACUUGCCUUGAUGCCAAUAAAAUGAUUUUGGAAGAAUUUCUUGAUGAAGCCUUUGAAAACGAUCAAAUAUGGACUAAGUAUAUUGAAGGUGGAGAGGAAUAUUUGAUUGAUAACUGCGAUUUCUAUCUGGAAAGUGCUAACGUGAAUAAUUCGAAACGAUAUAAAUGCACCAAAUGUGAACUCGGUUUCGAAAAACAGAUGAAUCUCACUAUUCAUCUAUCAGAAGUUCAUGAUCUGCCAUGUCUCAUUUGCAACGAUUGUGGAGCAAGUUUUAACAGAACGCAACAAUAUAGGUCUCAUCGCAGCGAACAUCUAAAAGAUAAUACCAGGUUUCGUGAGAAUUUAAUUCCGGAAACCGAGAUAGCACUAUCAAUUGUUCAACCGGAAACCAAAACCUACAUGGUCCACGACACAGAUCAAAGUCUUUUAUUUGUUUGCAAAUCGUGCAAAAGAUCUUUUGUAAAGAAAUGCAACUUCGAAAAACAUGAUUGUAAGCAUAACUCAACUGUUUCUUGUACCAGCAAUGACAUACAACCGGUUACUCAACUUGUCCAAGACAGCCUGUUUUGUACGUUAUGCGAUAAGAAAUUCACUUCUAUUUCCGGCUUGAAAUACCACCUUAAAAGACAUGCAAACAUAAAAGCAUUCCCCUGUUUUUACUGCAGCAAAAAGUUUACCGCAAAUUGCAAUCUAAAUGCACAUGUGCGGAAUGUUCAUAGCACAAUGAAAGCCCACGGUUGUCCGGAGUGUGAUCAACGGUUUGCAUGUAAGGAUCAUCUUACGAAGCACAUACGCGCUAAACAUCGCCAGGAACGAUCGUUCGGCUGCCCAGAAUGUCCAAAGCGAUAUUUUCAAAAGUCACAUCUAAACGAUCACAUUGCAGCAAGCCACAGUCCCUAUAGAACUUUUGUUUGCGAUUUCUGUAACGUUCCAUACAGUUGUCGAGGAUCGUUAAGGCGGCAUCUCUCCAAAAGCCACAAAUCGAUGUAAGACAAUAUAUUAAAUGAUUUACCAAAGAA